CCCGCCUCAGCCCCGGAGGCGGCACCAGGAAGCUCCCGCCCCGGCCGGAGCCGCCAUGUAACCGGCGCCGCCCGGAGCUGAGCCUCGCGGGCCCCAGCGACCCGCCGGCCAUGGGGGACGAGGACGAGGACGAGGGCUGUGCGGUGGAGCUGCAGAUCACCGAAGCCAACCUGACCGGGCACGAGGAGAAGGUGGGCGUGGAGAACUUCCAGCUGCUCAAGGUGCUGGGCACGGGAGCCUACGGGAAGGUGUUCCUGGUGCGGAAGGCGGGCGGGCACGACGCGGGGAAGCUGUAUGCCAUGAAGGUGCUGCGCAAGGCGGCGCUGGUGCAGCGAGCCAAGACGCAGGAGCACACGCGCACGGAGCGCUCCGUGCUGGAGCUGGUGCGCCAGGCACCCUUCCUGGUCACGCUGCACUACGCCUUCCAGACGGACGCCAAGCUGCACCUCAUCCUGGACUAUGUGAACGGCGGCGAAAUGUUCACCCACCUGUACCAGCGCCAGUACUUCAAGGAGGCUGAGGUGCGCGUGUAUGGGGGCGAGAUCGUGCUGGCCCUGGAACACCUGCACAAGCUGGGCAUCAUCUACCGAGAUCUGAAGCUGGAGAACGUGCUCCUGGACUCCGAGGGCCAUGUCGUCCUCACGGACUUCGGGCUUAGCAAGGAGUUCCUGACAGAGGAGGUGAGUGAAGGGCAGUCUCGGCCUCCUGCACCCCCGUGCGGGCCGUCCCUUCCCGGCUCCCGCUUCACGCCUGGCUCUGCGUUUCUUGGGGGCGCAGAGAAAGAGCGGACCUUCUCCUUCUGUGGCACCAUCGAGUACAUGGCCCCCGAGAUUAUCCGCAGCAAGUCGGGCCACGGCAAGGCUGUGGACUGGUGGAGCCUAGGCAUCCUGCUCUUCGAGCUGCUGACGGGGGCCUCGCCCUUCACCCUGGAGGGCGAGAGGAACACGCAGGCAGAGGUGUCUCGACGGAUCCUGAAGUGCUCCCCUCCCUUCCCCCCCCGGAUCGGGCCAGUGGCACAGGAUCUACUGCAGCGGCUGCUUUGCAAGGACCCCAAGAAGCGGCUGGGUGCAGGACACCAGGGGGCGCAGGAAGUUAAGAACCACCCCUUCUUCCAGGGUCUGGAUUGGGCUGCUCUGGCUGCCAGGAAGAUUCCAGCCCCAUUCCGACCCCAGAUCCGCUCAGAGCUGGAUGUGGGCAACUUUGCAGAGGAAUUUACCCGGCUGGAGCCUGUCUACUCACCCCCUGGAAGCCCCCCACCUGGGGAUCCUCGCAUCUUCCAGGGAUACUCCUUCGUGGCACCGUCCAUCCUGUUUGACCACAACAACGCGGUGAUGACCGAUGUGCUGGAAGCGUCUAUUGCUGGAGACCGGCCUGGCAGGGCAGCGUUGGCCAGGAGCGCCAUGAUGCAGGACUCGCCCUUCUUCCAGCAGUACGAACUGGACCUGCGGGAACCCGCGUUGGGCCAGGGUAGCUUCUCCGUGUGUCGCCGCUGCCGCCAGCUACAGAACGGCCAGGAGUUCGCGGUCAAAAUCCUCAGCCGCAGGCUGGAGGCGAACACGCAGCGCGAAGUGGCCGCCCUGCGGCUGUGCCAGUCGCACCCCAACGUGGUGAAGCUGCACGAAGUGCAUCAGGACCAGCUGCACACGUACCUGGUCCUGGAGCUACUGCAGGGUGGGGAGCUGCUGGAGCACAUCCGCAAGAAGCGGCACUUCAGCGAGUCCGAGGCGAGCCAGAUCCUGCGCAGCCUCGUGUCGGCCGUGAGCUUCAUGCACGAGGAGGCGGGGGUGGUGCAUCGCGACCUCAAGCCCGAGAACAUCCUGUACGCCGAUGAUACGCCCGGAGCCCCGGUGAAGAUCAUCGACUUCGGGUUCGCGCGUCUGCGCCCGCAGAGCCCAGCGGGGCCCAUGCAGACACCCUGCUUUACGCUGCAGUACGCGGCCCCCGAGCUGCUGGCGCAGCAGGGCUACGACGAGUCCUGCGACCUCUGGAGCCUCGGCGUCAUUCUGUACAUGAUGCUGUCAGGCCAGGUCCCCUUCCAGGGGGCCUCAGGCCAGGGCGGGCAGAGCCAGGCGGCGGAAAUAAUGCGCAAGAUCCGCGAGGGGCGCUUCUCCCUUGACGGGGAGGCCUGGCGAGGCGUGUCCGAGGAAGCCAAGGAGCUGGUCCGAGGGCUCCUGACUGUGGACCCCACCAAGCGGCUGAAGCUCGAGGGACUGCGGGGCAGCUCGUGGCUGCAGGACGGCAGCGCGCGCUCCUCGCCUCCGCUACGGACGCCGGACGUGCUGGAGUCCUCGGGGCCAGCUGUGCGCUCCGGGCUCAACGCCACCUUUCUGGCGUUCAAUCGGGGCAAACGCGAGGGUUUCUUCUUGAAGAGCGUGGAAAACGCGCCGCUGGCCAAGCGGCGGAAACAGAAGCUGCGGAGCGCCGCCACAUCCCGCCGCGUCUCCCCCGUGCCCGCCGUCCCGGGCCGGGCACCCGCCGCCAAGGGAGCCCCCCGACGAGCCAACGGUCCCCUGCCCCCCUCCUAGCCUCCGUCACUGUGACCCUCUCCCCGGUCGGGGCUGUGUUCUAGGAGGCCGGCUCACUGCCCCCAGGCCUCCUGUAUAGCUCCGCCCCAUCCCCAGGGAUUGUUACCCUUCUCUCCCCUCCCCCCCACCCCACCCCCAGACAGAGCAGAAGUAUUUUUAUAAGCAGAGAAUUUUUUUAAUGUCUUACCGGAUAGAGUUAGAGAUGCAGGGAGGGAGGGGGCCUGCUGGGGAGUGGAGUGGGGGGCCCUCUGCCUAGAUGCGGCCUCAUCUGGUGGAAGGUACUUCUCCCCCAGGGGGCUGCCCCGGCAGGGGAGGGCUCCUCCUCCAUUUCUAAGCACUGAGUUGCCACAGGGAGAAACUGGGACCUCUCCCCUGCCCUCCCCAUGAGGUCCUGCUCUUGGGAGGGGGCACCCCUCAAGCUGUCACUUUAUGGACUGUUCGUGCAAUUACGUCCACCAAAGACCUGUGUUGGGGGUGCUCAGUGAGAGGCCCUGGGGGACCCCCUGAAGCAUUUCUGCCUCACUUCAUGUAACCUGCUUCCCCCUAUUGAGGCUAAGGAAGGAGGUAGGCGAUCCCCUAAAAGGGGAGGCCCCCUUCUCACCCAUCCCCUCCCCUUUGGCACAGCUGCCCCUAGCUGGGGGUGGCACCUUGGGGGUCUGGGGUGGGCAUCCACAGUCACUGCCUCAGCCCAUCCAGGCUGUGCCUUUGACUUAAAAAUAAAAGUCUACCCAGUG